GACUGACGUUCCGAUUGGCUGAGGCGAUGAAGAAACGUUUAAGAGGUGAAAGGUUGACAACCUGCAAGUUUUGUGAAAUAAAUAAAUAACAUAAAGUUGGCAGGAUGUCGGAGGGGUUCCUCAUGGAGGUGUGUGUGGAUUCGGUUGAGUCUGCCAUUAACGCUGAGAGGGGAGGUGCAGGCCGUCUUGAGCUGUGCUCCAGCCUGUUGGAAGGGGGAAUCACUCCCAGUGUUGGACUGCUGCAUGUAGUUAAACAGUACGUGCGGAUACCUGUGUACUGCAUGAUCCGCCCUCGUGGGGGGGACUUCUUGUAUACGGACCGUGAGGUGGAGGUGAUGAAGACAGACAUUGAGCUUAUUAAGAGCCAUGGGGCCGAUGGGCUGGUGCUGGGUGCUCUGACAGAGGAUGGCCGGGUAGACACAGAACUCUGCGUUGAGCUACUUGCUGCUUGUAGACCAUUACCAGUCACCUUCCACAGAGCCUUCGACAUGGUGCAUGACCCAGUGGUGGCUCUUGAGACGCUGAUAUCGCUGGGCUUUGAACGGGUGCUAACAAGUGGCUGUGACAGCUCUGCCCUGGAAGGGCUGCCCCUCAUCAAGCGGCUGGUGGAGCAAGCAAAAGGCAGAAUAAUAAUUAUGCCUGGAGGGGGUAUCAGUGAACGAAAUCUGCAGAGGGUCCUUGAAGGCUCUGGAGCCCAGGAGUUCCAUUGCUCUGCACGCUCCACCAAGGAUUCUACCAUGAAGUUUAGAAACCCCUGUGUGAACAUGGGUGCUUCGCUGUCGGCUCCAGAGUACUCGGUGAAGGUGGCUGACGUGACCAAAAUUCGCACUUUGAACGCUAUCGCCAAGAACACCCUGUAGGAUCCCACCACCAGAUUCAUUCAGCACCUGAGGAGGACAGAUUUUCUUGUCCUGACAAGGCAUGAGCAGUGACAAAGAAGGUGAUGCUGGGCACUUUGUUACCAGUGUGUCUUAUUGUUAGCUGAUGUCUACUGCACAAAUGCCAUGGUGGAACUCUGUCUUGGCACAUGGGGAAUCCAGUGAUUAAGCAGACUUCAGCAUCUCUUAAGAACACAAAAGUCAUCAGUAGAGUGUUUAAAGGAUGAGACAGUUCUGGCAGAAGCCAGCUGUGGUUGAAAAUUAUUGAAUGUGUUAUCAGUCACUGCUAUAUUUCUGCAGUUACAGAAUCGAUUGCAGUGUUGUAAAGUGUGUUGACUGAUUCCAUAUUAUUUUGUAUAUAUUUUAAUGUGGAAGCUCUGUGAUGUAUACUGAGUCCAAAAGCUACUUUCACAAUUCAUCUUUGGCAAGCAUCACUUUUCAGUGCUUUCGUUUCAAAUACAGUGAAAAACAUACACCAGGUAAAUGAUCUUUAAACAUUGUCGAUCCCAUAUUAAAACCGCUUACUGUAAUACAGUAUUACAGCAGUACUGUGUUAGUCACUAUACAGUGAUGGACUCUGAAAGGAAUGGAGACGCAUAAUCUUGUGUAUCUGUAUUCAGUGGCAUGAUUAUUAAACUUUUUUUUUUUUCCCCAAAACAAAUUUCUAAAAUUGUAUUACUUUUUGUUUGUUUCUUAAUAUUAUGUUUCAAUUUUACUCAGUUCCAUUCAAAUUAAAUGUGAGGGAAGCACCUUGAUAAAAAAAGGAAUGUGAGGGAAGCAAGUUUGUUGUCCAUAAA